CGGCCCCGCAGGGCUGCGCGGCGGACGGGGGCGACCCGCGGAGGGGGCGUUUUGCAGCGCCUUAAAGAGCGGCCCCGUCUCUCCUCCAGACCUUUGUCUGGAUGGGAAGAAAAAGGAUGGAGGAGCAGUGGUGGAAAGGGGAGCUGGCAGCAGACAUCCAUCAGACCUUGAGGACGAAGGAACUUAAGUUGCCUAUGUAUAAGGCUCAUUCACCACAGAUUGGGAUGCGCCGAUACUUCAUUGAUCUCUUGACUGUCCUCAGCAACCGUUGCAAUCUCUGCCCUACGGCCCGGCAUCUUGCUGUCUAUUUAUUGGACCUCUUUAUGGAUCGCUAUGAUAUCACUGUCAAGCAACUGCACAUCAUUUCGUUUGCCUGUCUUCUCCUAGCAAGUAAAUUUGAAGAAAAAGAAGAUAAAGUUCCAAAGUUGGAGCACUUAAAUAACCUGGCAUAUGCGUGCAAUGUGAAUGUGGUAUUGAACAAGAAAGAUUUGCUUAGAAUGGAAAUGCUGCUUUUGGAAAACUUCAACUGGAACCUCUGUCUACCAACACCAGCACACUACAUUGACUACUACCUCUAUGUGUCCAUUGGUGAGAAUGACCUUCACAAUGGCUGGCCGAUCACCUCACUGACCAAAAUCAAAGAUUUUCUGGAGAAAUAUGCAUAUUAUUUCCUUGAUUUCUCAGUGCAAGAUCACACUUUCCUCCAUUUUCGUCCAUCUCUGAUUGCUGCAGCUUGCGUGUGCGCCUCGCGUAUCUGUAUGCAGAUUUCUCCUGCCUGGACAACACAGCUUGAAUUGCUAACAUGUUACUCCUGGGAACAUCUUGCCCAAUGCAUUGAAAUGAUGCUCAUAUAUUAUGAGAAUGACAUCAAAGAAGCCAGUAACAUAAAAAAGCAAGUAACAAUUCAACAUCAAGAACAGGAAGCAGUGGGAAAUCUGAGCCAUCAAGCCACUACUCAAGUUCUCUUCCAGCAAUCUAGUUAUCGCCCUUUAACCCAGCAUUCAGCUGUGCUUUCCCAGUUCCAGCUGCCAGUGCAAGAUUUGUGCUCUGCUUAUCGUGACUCCUUACAGGCCCACAGGCUCAGCGGUCUGCUUGCUGGGACUGCUGACAGCUCGCUGCACUCCUACGCAGCUCUUCAGGCCAGCCUUCAGCCAUCUGCCCAGACUCUGCCCGUCCAAACGCCCAUUGCCGUGCAGGUGGCAUUGGGAACAGAGCCCAGACACUGCAUUGCCACAGCUUAUGGCAGUAGUUACUUCAGUGGCCAUCACUCAUAUACAGCUGGGUGUUUUGAUGGAUAAAUAUUGAUGGGAGGAAAAAGGUGAUAUGAAUAGAAGCUGAAGAAGAGACCCUGUGUGUGAUACAAGAUGUGUGUCUGAAUGAAAACCACGAAGGAACAGAAUCCUUAUGACUCGCUUAUUCAGAGGAUGUUGAUCUGGACCCACUGAUCACUGGAACCUGGGUGCCUUUCUACCAAGGGUUGUACCUUUGGCUCUUAAUGAGAGAGAGAAAUAGAAAUUCAUUAAUGUGCCUCACUCAGUGUCACUUUGAGAGGCAUCCGUGUAGAAACCCUGUGGAGAUUACUUCCUUCUAGUCUUCAGUUGAUGACUUGUCAGAGUUGGCUGAAAGCUUGUGUUGAAGAGUUAUUUCAGGCUGGAGUGAGCGUUUGUUGAAUUUCUGGCCAAGUAGCAAUGUACCUAGAGGAUGUUGUUGGAAACCAUGGAGUGCUCUCCUCCUCUCCCAGUGACGUGUUGCUUGAACAGUGGCAGCUUAUACUACUGGAAGCUUCUACUAAAAUAUACUGAAAUGGGUAUCAGUUAAAUGUGAACUUUGUUUAUGCAGAAAUCUAUGUGUAGAACACUUUCUGUUUUCUUUGAGCAGGAGUGAUGGUUCAGGAGUAAGACUUCAGAAUAAAAGGAAAAAAAGAAAAAUGGGCCAGAAGACUAUCAAAUAAUUUUUGACUUAAAAUUCUCUUGGAAUCUAAACAUAGUGCUGCUGAACAGAACAUCACUCUGCCUUCAAGUAUUUUAGAAACAAAAACAAACACAAACCCUUAAAUUAUCUCUUAGAUCUUUAACAUGCUGCUGCUUUUGAGACUGGAGAUUAUUGUUUAGUAAAAUUGUUCAUGAGCUUUAUCAGGGAUUUAAUGUUACUUGAAGAAAUCCUCUUGGAAAAACUCUUGAAAGGUUCACUGCCUUCAGUUAUUUCAUCUUUUGGGCUCAAUGACUUGUGGCAGUAGUUCAGGCUCAGGACAGAGGAACUGGUGUUAAUGGGGGCAAAGACAGGGAACUGUUUAACUUUACUGUGAAAUUAGAGUUUGAUUGCAGUGCUAGACAAUGCUGACUUAGUUUUUUAAAUACCAUCUUAGCAUUCCCUUGGAAAAUGUAGCUGGUAAAUUUAAGAUCCUGUUGCUUCUUUGCAAUGAGACACAUACUUACUGUCACAUAUCCAAAGGUUUCUUUCUCAGCUGAAACCAGGGAUGAUUGUUCAAAAAGCUGUAUAGGCUUUUUUUUAUGUUAAUGUAGAUAUUUAUAAGAAAUGAACUUCCGCAAAUGUGAAACUUUAGUUUUGAUAUAUGCAACCACUAUUGUAAAUUUGUUUGAAGGCAGCACUCUUGGUUUGUCUUUUCUUUGAAGGUUCUCAGGACAGCAAUACAAGUAAUGUGCAAUAUGCUUUUACUGACUUGGGGCAAUUUUUUCAAGUCACGUGUCACAGUGCUGUUUUAAAUUAUAUUUUUAGAGAAUCAUUUUAAGGGUGUUUUAGGGUGGAGGGGAAAAACUAGCCUGCAUGCUAAUGUGUGCUUGUGUAACUGUCUUCCAAGAAUGCAACUUUUGGUAUCAAGUUAAUUUCUUCCAUUCAG